GGAAUUCGCCAUUUAGAAUGCAGAUUACUACUGCUUAAUCUCCACCAGGAUUUUCUCUCUCUAUCUUCCUUCCUUCCUUCAUUUGAUUUCAUCAUCAUCAUCAUCAUCAAUAUACAAUCAAGGAUUGUUGGCCGACCGAGCGAAACAAUCGAGGACGGAGGAAGGAAUAGAUAGAGCUCCGCUUAUCUCAAACGCAUCUUUUGCUGGCUGGCUGGCCGCCCGCUAACUGUUAAACUGAGAUUUCCAGCAGAUGGUCUGAAAUCUCUCUUGUGGCAGCCGUUUUCCCUAGCUACAAAAUUCAUCAGCAGAUUGUAAAACGGAACCUGAUGCAGGGGCAAAGGAGGAUGUCUAAUUCAUUUACUGAAUCUGUUGAUCUUAACCAGGGAUCUAAUGACAGUAACACUGGUGUGGAUCAGUCAUCUUCCUGGAAUAACAUGUCAGGUCCUGGGGAGAGCCCAGUGCCAAGCUACAAUCAUUUCGCCAGAGACAGUGAUGCAUCUGCUGUUGGUAGAGGUGGUCAUACUUUUCGUGGUUGGGACUUUGGUCAGUCUAGCUCGGGUGCGAACUUACAGAACCAUGGAUCUAGUGAUGAAUUUAAAAGUGUAAGUGGCCAAACCUCUUUUCGUGGUAGUUAUACAGGUCUAGGAUUAGAAGAAAGGAUAUUUGGAUCAAGUGUCAGUAGUGGUAUUGGUGCCAAUCAGUUUGGUGGGAGACCUCAAAUUUUGCCGAGUACUGGUCGGAUUCCUAGACCCAUAAACUUGAAUAGUGAAGAAAUGAUAGAGAGUCAUGAUAUUGAGCUGGGUAUGGGUUCGUAUGCUGGCCAUUACCUCAAUAAGUUGGACAGACCAGAGACAGAUCCUUCCUUGAACAAUGUAGGCACAUCUUCUGGUAAUCCUAUCUACUGUGUUGAGAAUGGUCAAGGCUCGGGUUCUUCUUUAGGAAAUUGGGGUUCAUCAUGCAAAAGAAAGGCCCUUGAAGGUAGUUCUGGACACUAUCAAGGUGGAAGUUCAAGUAGCUUCCAACAAUCUGAGAACAUUGCACGCCAUAGCGUUCCUGGUCGUUAUGCUGCUUCUACUUCCUUAAAUAUAUCAUCACCACCAGCGAAUUCUCCAAGCAUUAAUCCUGAAUACCUACAAUAUGGAAAUCAGACUGGUCUGCCUACUGUGACUUCUGAAGUCUUUUCAUCUUCAGGGUUGACAGGUGUUGCAGAAAGCUCCUCAAGAAACUCUUGCUCUAGACUGGAUUUGGGGAGUCGUGAAUCUCGAAGGUUUCAUGUUCCAUCAUCAGGAAUUGCUUUAGGACUCCCCGAUGUGCCUCCCCACCAAUUGUCUAGACCCUUUUCUUUUACUAGCCCUUUGGACCCUAGGUCGAUUUCUUUACUUCCAUCCACUUCAACCAACCCUCCAAACCAAUACUGUUCUGAAAAUAACCCUGAUAUCUCAAGGAACAUACCCGCUUUCACCUGGAACGGGGGCCUUCACCAUCAAGCUAGUGGUUCUUUUAUGAGUGCUGGACAGAGAGGUCUCUCACUGCUUGAAGAAGAAAAUUUCUACGACCUUUCUAGAAACAGUACAGAGCAUCCCUAUUUUACUCUUGGGACUGAGUUAAGAAGUAUGACCCAAGAUGCAAAUAAUAGGAAUACAUCUAUUGGAAAUCCAAGCAGUUCUUCAGGUGUUCUUCCUGGUUCUCGUACCUACUCUAACUCUGGUAUAUCUCCUUUCCCAAACCCAUGGAUUUCCCAUCAGAAUUCACCACCACAAAGUCAAAGGUUAUCGGAGUUGACUCCUUGGUCUCUCUUUCCACCUGUUAACUCUGGUUCUGGAAUCCAGAGAGGUCAAUUACCUCACUUGCGUCCAAGUUCCUCACUGAUUCAAGAAACUGGAACGCCUUCUGGAUCUAAUCAUGGUCAUCGUUCAUUGUACCCGAGGAGAGGUACAUGGUCGAUGGAUGUAGCAGAUGAUGAACUGAGUGGCUGGCAUGCUUCAUCUUCUGACAAUGAAGGGAGACUGAGAUUAGUAUCUGAGAUUCGACAAGUGUUGAAUGCAAUGCGUAGGAUUGAGAAUUUCCAGGCAGAGGAUUACGUGAUGUUCGACCCUUUCAUAAAUGGGGCUGCUGAUAUGCAUGACAGACAUCGGGGCAUGAGGCUUGAUGUUGAUAACAUGUCCUAUGAGGAGCUGUUGGCAUUGGAAGAGCAGAUUGGAAAUGUGAGCACUGGGUUAAACGAAGAAACCAUUAUGAAGGAUAUGCAACAGAGCAAGUUCAUGUCUCUUGACUCCUCACUGAAGUCUGAGCCUUGCUGUAUAUGCCAGGAGGAAUAUGCAAUAGGAGAUAACAUGGGGAAGCUGGAAUGUGGACAUGAUUUUCAUACCAACUGCAUUAAGAAGUGGCUGACAGUGAAGAACAUUUGCCCUAUUUGCAAAAUGCCUGCUUUGGGUACAUGAUGAUGAUGAUGAUUUAU